AUGGCAUAUGGAAGGCCAGCGAAGAGGCGGAGAUUGAGUCCGCCAACCGAUCUCAAGUCCGUCUCAGGAACGAUAAAGUCGAUCGAUUUAUUCCAUCGAGCGGCGGAGUGGGAUCUUGAACAAGACUAUGAACAACGGUCGAGGUUGAACAAGCAGAGGGAGACCACAAAAUUACCAAUCAAGACUGCAGAGGGCAGAUUAGAGCGUCAACAAGAGAUACCUUCACAAGAUGACGAGUCAGAUAGCUAUCUAGGCACCGGUAGCGAAGCAGAUCAAGGUGGAGCGGACACUCCGCCAACAGAGGAAGCCGAAGAGCCAUCACAUGUCCCGUUAAAACACCAACUUGUGGCAGCAAAGGAGGAAUUGGCAAGGAUUGCAGGGCUGAUGAAUGAGGAUCCCGAAGAGCACAUUGGCUCUUUUAAGAAGCUGGCCGCAGUCGCCGGCUCUACGGCUCACCCCAAUGUCAAGAAACUGGCACUGGCUACUCAGUUGGCGGUCUACAAAGACGUCAUACCUGGCUACCGAAUCCGGGAAUACAAAGAUGAGGACCUUGGAACAAAAGUGUCGAAAGAGGUCCGACAGACAAGGCAGUACGAACAAGCUUUGGUUACAGGAUACAGGCGAUAUGUUGAGGAGCUUGCUGCAAUUACCAAAGCCGGCGCGGGUACAGAAGAGACAUCCGGUUUGAAGCUUGUGGCCAUCAACUGCGCAUGUGCUCUCCUGCUUGCAGUUCCCCAUUUUAAUUUCCGUGCCGAGUUGCUCAGGAUAGUGGUUGAUCAGCUGUCAAGUCGCCUUCCCACCCCUUACUUCGCGAAGUGUAUCCAGACUCUCGAGGACUUUUUCGACGCCGACGAUGAUGGUGCUCCAUCGCUCGAAGCAGUGGGUCUUCUCACAAAGAUGAUGAAGGCCAAGGACUAUCGCAUAAGAGAAAAUGUUCUGAGUACUCUCUUUCAUUUGAGGCUGUUGUCCGAGCUCUCUGUUAAAAGCUCCACGUCGAAGACAGACCAACUUGACGAGAUUCCCAUAUAUCGCGGAAAGAAAACGAAAGCCAAAUGGCAACCUAGGUCCAAGAAGGAGCGAAAGCUUGCCCGAGAACGCAAAGCGGUCGAGAAGGACAUGAAGGAAGCAGAUGCAACUGUGACCCAUGAAGACCGAAGUAGAAUGCAAUCUGAAACUUUGAAAAUGGUUUUCACUGCCUACUUUCGCAUCCUCAAGCUGGGUACUCCUCACCUUAUGGGUGUCGUACUUGAGGGGCUUGCUAAAUUUGCACAUCUUAUCAACCAAGAAUUCUUUGGCGACCUACUAGAGGCCCUCAAGGACAUCGUGAAUGAAUCUUCCGUUAUUGACGAGGAGGCACUUGAAACUAAGGACAACGAGGAUAUUUUCGAGGAAAUACCCAGCACCCGGAACAUCACUCGCGAAUCACUUCUGUCCAUACAAACUGCGUUUACCUUGCUCGCCGGCCAAGAUGUGUCUAAAUCUGCCUCUGCGCUGCAUUUAGACCUUUCUUUCUUCUCAUCUUACAUAUACAAAACACUCUAUCAGUUAUCUUUGGACGCAGAUAUCGAACUCGGGCCAAAAUCCUUACACCUGUCAGAUCCUCACCCGUCUUCCAAAGCUAAUUCGGAUCACCAGUCUCGGAACAAGGUCAAUGUUUCGACCCCAAUGCUGCUACUGGUACGAGUUCUGACGUCGAUCUUGCUGACUCCUUCAGCGCCUCCACCAACCAUGACUGCUGUAGCAUUUUACAAGAGAUUGCUCACGACGUCUUUGCAAUUACCAGAGAAAUCGAGCGUGGCACUUAUGUCGCUUCUUUCAGAAGUCGCCCAGAAACAUGGUCGCAAGAUCGAAGCCUUAUGGUACAGUGACGAGCGAAAAGGUGAUGGCAGUUUCCAGGGUCAUAGCGAGAGUAUAGAAAACACCAACGUGCUUGCGCUCGGAAGCGGUAUCUGGGAGACAGAGCUACUGAGGCAUCACUUCUCGCCACGGGUGAGAAAAGAGGUGGCUGAUAUUGACAAGCUUAUCCGGGGGCUGAACAGAUAA